AUGAAUGAUACCAAAACAUCUGAUGAUCUAUCCAGUCUUCAAAAGGAAGAAUUGGACAGAGAGGAUCACUCAUCAUCCACUAUCAUUGAAGAUGAUAUGGAAAAGUAUGUUACUGACAUGUCUGUGGAAGAACCUCCUAAUGGUGGUUUAGCUGCUUGGCUGGCUGUUUUCGGCGGCUUUUGUGGCAUGGUUGCUAUCUAUGGCGUCAAUUACACUUGGGGUGUGUUCCUUAACUACUACAAUGAGAAUGUAUUUCCUGGCCAAAUGAAUCAGCUGUCAUGGAUCGGUUCCAUCUGUGUUGCCCUGUUUUUCAUCAUCGGCCCUAUUAAUGAAUGGGUUACCUGUAAGCUUGGCUAUACCAAGAUGAUGGCCAUUGGCACCAUCAUGUGUCCCUUGGGCCUCAUGUUGGCUAGUAUCAGUUAUGAAAUGUGGCAUUUGUACUUGACUCAAGGUGUCAUGUUUGGUAUUGGUGCUUCAUUUAUCUUUUUCCCCUGUAUGGCCGCUCCUCAACAGUGGUUUACAACUCGUCGUGGUUUGGCUGUAGGCUAUUGUAUGUGUGGUUCUGGCAUUGGCGGUUUGAUUGUUUCUAACAUUGUCCAAGCUGCUAUUGUUCAUUUGGACUAUCGCUGGGCAUUACGUAUUUCUGGCUUUGUGUGCUUUGGUUUCAGCUUAGUCGCCACGUUCUUGGUCAAGCCUCCCAAGGCUGUCAAGAUGGAGCAAGAGUCCUUCUCUGAGCUGUUCCAAAAGCAAAAGAAGCUUGUCAAAAACGUUCAAUUCCAAAUUAUGUUGCUGAUGGUGACAAUCACUUGCUUUGGCUACCUUACUCCUGCCUUUUACUUGGCUUCCUAUGCUGAAUCCAUUGGCUUGGAUCCUUGGAUUGGUGCUAACCUCGGUGCUAUUAUGUGUGCUGUGAAUGCUGUUGCCAUGCUCUCCACUGGCUGGUUGAGUGAUCGUGCUGGUCGUAUCAAUUGUCUGUUUGUGUUUACUUUCUUGUCUGGUAUUUUUACGCUGGCUAUCUGGACUACUGCAAAAACAUCUGCUGCUAUUUGGGUGUAUGUCAUAUUGUAUGGGUAUUCAGGAGCUUCAUACCUUACUAUGUACGGUUCGUCUGUUCCUGAGGUUGCUGGAUACGAUAACAUUACUGCUGCCAAUGGGCUUUUGUACUUUACCAGUACCUUUGGGUAUAUGUUUGGCUCGCCAAUUACUUCUGCCAUUAUCUCUACCGGCGAAAAUGGCUACGUUUAUGCUGCUGUCUAUUGCGGUCUCCUGAUGUCUGUGGGCGGCUUGCUUUGCUUGGCGCUUCGUGUGAUCAGAUCUGGCUGGAAACCUUUUAUUAAGGCAUAA